GGCCAGUUGGCGAACUGCCUCCAGAGGCUCUUUCCAGUCUCUGUGCUGCCUCCCGCGCCACUCCCGACUGAACGCCCCGCUCGGACCCGCCAUGCCGGUGGACCUCAGCAAGUGGUCCGGGCCUUUGAGCCUGCAGGAAGUGGAGGAGCGGCCGCAGCACCCGCUGCAAGUCACCUACGGCGGGGUGGUGUUGGACGAGCUGGGCAAAGUGCUGACGCCCACCCAGGUUAAGAACAGACCUACGAGCAUUGAGUGGGAUGGUCUUGAUCCGGGUAAGCUCUACACUUUGGUCCUGACAGACCCAGAUGCUCCCAGCAGGAAGGAUCCCAAAUACAGGGAAUGGCACCAUUUUCUGGUGGUCAACAUGAAGGGCAACGACAUCAGCAGUGGCAUCGUCCUCUCCGAUUAUGUGGGCUCUGGGCCUCCCAAGGGCACAGGCCUCCACCGCUAUGUCUGGCUGGUUUAUGAGCAGGACAGGCUGCUGAAGUGCGAUGAGCCUAUUCUCAGCAACCGAUCUGGAGACCACCGUGGCAAAUUCAAGGUGGCGUCCUUCCGCAAAAAGUAUGAGCUGGGACCCCCGGUGGCCGGCUCAUGUUACCAGGCUGAAUGGGAUGACUAUGUGCCCAAACUGUAUGAGCAGCUGUCUGGGAAGUAAGGGAAAGCUUGGAGACAAAAACUGUCCCAGAGGCCUGAGCAGUGUUCUCAAGUUCAGCAUUGCAUGUAGAUUUCUCCUGUUUCCUGACCCCAUUCUCACAGUGGCUUAGGGUGACUUUUCCUGCUGCCUGUCCUUCAAAAUUCUAGAUAGUCACACACCCCAGUUUAUGUUUUGGUCAGAUUUGAACUCCAUUUUGGGGGAUGGUACUGUGAUAGGGCCAUCAAAUUGUUAAUAUGAGUGUAAGAAUAGCAGCCCAGAAUUUAAAGAAGAAAAAUCCAGGUAAGAAGACCAGGUUUACAGUAAAAGAGCAAAGCAUCUAAGAAUCUUUAAGUGAGGUCUAAAAAAAAAAAAACGGAUUCAUUCUCUCUGCCUUUGUGUUCCUGAGUCCAGAGUUGUACACGAUGUCAUCUCUCAGACAUGUUUUCACAGUGCUGUCUCUCACCAAGACAGCCAGAGGCUAGCAUUGCAGCUAAACUCCAACAUGGUACAUUUCGGAUGGUGUAAUAGAUGUCAUUAUACCACUCUGGCUCCUUUAAAGAGCAAUAUUGGAAAAAGCAUUAGGGAGAUUGGCUUUGCUGUUGUUGAGGCAUGACUGUCUAGACAGGCAGCAAUGCUAGGUGACAGAAUCCUUAAGUCUGUGCCUGUUGAAUUGAUCACUCUUCAUUGAUGUAAGAAAAGCUGGUCUGGAGUUGCUGAAUGUCAUGUUAAUCCUGCUGUUUGCUUAUAGUUGAAUAAAAGUAAAAACAUUGAAUGCACAAA